CUUGGGGGAUAGGUUUUGAUUGUCAUGAAGAGGUAUAAUUAUCGUACGAAAGCUAGGAAAGAAGUAGCGAGCUUAGAAAAUGUAGGAGCCUUGCUAGUUGCAGUUGAAAGAUGUAUAAGUUCCUGCUGACUCGGUGAAGAUAAGGAGAGUUGCUUGGUGUAAAGUGACUAUAAGAUUGUGGGAAAGGAAUACGAGGUCUGGGAGAUAUGAUGAGCCAUUAGUCGCUUGAAGGUUCUUAAUCUCAUUCGAAUUCAUUGUACUGAUGCCGUAUUGUCGAAUAUCAACUCACAUAAGCAAUAUAAUCCAAAUCAGAAAGGUUUGAAUCAGACUAGAAUAAGAAUAGUAAAUAUAACUAUACGGCUGGAUGACGACGAUUAAUCUGAUUGAAAAACACGGCAGGAGCACCUAAUCAAGUUAUACGUAACGGACAACGUGAUAACUGAUUUUUGUUGAUGGGAACUGCGAUUAAAGAACCAAACAUAAUGAUUCUAUCAAAUAGAAUUCCCAGAGUCCUACUCUACGUAAUCGCGUGGAGAUUGUCAUCGGUAUUUCUAGUGCAAACGAGUGACGUAGCAGACGAAUAUUGGCAGUCAGUGGAGGUUGCUCAUCGGCUGGCAUUUGGUUAUGGCCACUUGACCUGGGAGUGGCGGGAAGGAAUACGUAGCUACAUUUAUCCGUUACUGAUAUCGUUGAUCUAUCGGAUCCUUGGAUUUUUUCACCUAGAUUUUGCCACGCUUAUAAUAAUCGCGCCUCGCAUUAUGCAAGCCCUUCUCUCCGCUUACGCUGAUUACAGAUUCUACGUAUGGACCAAAAACAAGUGGGCCCUCUUCAGCCUCUGCACCAAUUGGUUCUGGUAUUACAAUGCCUCUCGAACUUUAGUCAACACCUUGGAGACUUCCUUAACGACAAUUGCCCUGUCCAUUUUUCCGUGGCGAGAUAGUAACACCAAGAGUGUCAGCUAUAUUUGGAUCGUCGCAUGGCUCUGCGUCGUUAGACCCACUGCGGCUGUGAUAUGGACUCCGUUAUGUCUGUAUCACCUUUUGACUACUCCGACCUCAGGAAGAAUUGUUCUCUUUCUGAGUUAUUUAAGAAUAGGAAUGAUCACCUUAUCUAUAGCGACCUUGGUUGAUACCAUUGGUUAUGGAAAAUUCGUUUUAAGCCACAUAGAAUUUCUUCGGAUUAAUCUCAUCAAUCGGGUUAGCGAUAUCUACGGUACUGAGCCUUUUUUCUGGUACUUGACCAUAGGAAUCCCAGUCAUCUUGGGCCUAUACUACGUCAUAUUUUUGAUUGGUGCCUGGCAAGUCGUGCAACAUUCUGCUAAGUUCCAUACACAGACUGUUAUGUUAGUGGUUAUUGGAUGGACUCUGGCCAUCUAUUCAAUGAUACCUCAUAAAGAAAUUAGGUUUAUUCUUCCGUUACUCCCAUUCUUCACCUGCCUCAGUACUAGUGGGAUUUUGUCCAUAAACAACUCUGUGGGACCUUUUCCGCGAAAAGUUUUUAUGGCCGUUUUGGUGCUCACUAAUUUAUUGCCGGGACUUUACUACUCCCUGAUUCAUUUGCGAGGUUCUUUAGAUGUUAUGAAAAUACUGCGGCAGGAAAUUUCAAACACAGACAAGGAUGAAGUCAAUAUCUUAUUCCUCACGCCCUGCCAUGUAACUCCCUUUUACAGUCACUUGCACGCUAAUAUAACAGCCAGAUUUCUGACUUGUGAACCAAACUUAUACCGCCAAAAUGACCACGUUAAUGAGACGGAAGUGUUCUUUGCAAAUCCAAACCUAUGGUUAAAACAAACUUAUAGCAACACCAAAGAUACGGAGAUGCCCACACACCUUGUAUUAUUUAAUGCGCUUGCCCCAACUAUUCAUCAGUUUCUUAACAAAUACAGACUAAUCGCUGAUAUAUUUCAUGCUUAUAACGCACCAAGUAGUCACAGUCAGUAUCUACUGAUUUACAAAAGGAAGUAAUUACCCUUGAUUCGAUUGCUUCAACAGCUUUAUUCUAAGUAUCUCUGUUGUCGACUGAUAACUUCGUAUGAACUCAAUUUGAUUAAGAGUUCCUAAGGUACUGAUAGACUGAGAUUACUUAGCAAUCAUUAUGCAUUUUGCCUACAUGUAAAAUUCGCAUAAGAUUUUCACUCGUUUAUAACUUGUUACAUCGGGAUGACAUUUUGGGUUUAGUGACUCAGAUGGUUUUGGAGUAAUUGUAAUUACUUCGAAAUUUCAAGAGUCAUGCCGAUUGUUGUGUGACCUAGAAUUAAGUUUUUUGUGUGUAUGGGUUUGUAAGUAUUGUGAAACUGACGUGUUACGAUGUAAAUAUAUCUGUGUCUGUUCAUUGGGGUUAAAAAUAUUAGUAUAAGAGCAUAAUAUGGAAGACUAUUACAAAAAUAG